AUCUCCCACUGAAGGUCGCGUUCGGACGUUGAAGGUUCAUGUGUAGAAGAAAAACAUCUUCGGUCGGAAAGUCGUAUAUUUUUCCUUUAUUAUUUUGUAACUUUAUUGGUCUGGUUGAGUUACUGUUGUUGAGAAGUGCAUAGAGCUAUAUUGGUUCUGAAACGAUUAUGAUGAUGGCGAUACUUGUAGUUGUCAUCUUAUUUUUGGCGUUUAUAUUGUUACGCAUAGGAUACACCCUAUACGUCAUGAAUUGCUGCAGCGAAAAAGCUAUAUAUGUGCAGAGGUCCAUCAAGUCACUUAUAGUAUUGGGGUCCGGAGGUCAUACUGGGGAAAUGCUCAAAAUCAUUCGUGCACUGGACACACACCGCUACAGCCCGAGAGUGUAUGUGGUUGCUGCAACGGACACUGUCAGUCUGAGACGUCUGCAAGAUAUGGAGAAAGAGUUUAAGGAAAAAGCCAAAGGACCUGAAGAAGAGAACCAGUAUGUAGUUGAGGUUGUGCCAAGAUCACGUGAAGUGGGUCAGUCAUGGCUGUCAAGUGUUUUCACAACAGCUUGGGCCUUUGUCUUCAGCAUGUUUAUUGUUUUUCGACAUCGGCCAUCACUCCUACUCACCAACGGACCAGGAACAUGUGUUCCAAUUUGCAUUGCAGCUUUCUUGAUGAGAGUUUUAUGUCUGUGUCAUAUUCGUAUUGUCUUCAUAGAGAGUCUGUGCCGCGUGCUGUCUCUCUCUCUCUCAGGCAAGAUUCUUUAUAGGCUUGUUGACGAUUUCUUUGUACAGUGGCCACAGCUUAAGGCUAAGUAUCCAAGGUCUAUAUACAUGGGUCGUUUGGUGUAAGUUAAGGAUUCUUAGUGAGUACAUGAUUUCUCAUGAGAUUUAUGUUUUGAGAAUCUAAGUGCCUUGCUAAUUAUAAUUAUGUUUCACUGAUCUCAUAGAAUAUAUGUAAUCUAGAGCAACAAGUUGUUUUGAUUCUUGCCUGUUCUUUGUAGAAUUGAUAAGCAGUAUAUGUUUGAUAAAAAAAAAAGUGUAAUAAUUGUUUUUUAGAAAAAAUCCAAAUGAGAGAAAAUCCACCCGAAAAAUAGCAAAAUAACCAACUGAGUGUUCAUAUCUUGUCCCUUCAGUAGUAGAACUGCAGACAGGAACAACUAAAUAUGAAAUGCAAUUCAUCAACAGCUAAAGAUAACUUUUUAAUAUUACAUUAAUACCAUUCAGUUUGAUUUCCGGUUAUAUUGGCUUAACACCCAAAAGGCCAAUUGAUUUAAGAAUAAUAGCAGUAAGAAAUAUUUUCAUAACAUGCAUUACUGUUUACCCUCUUUGGCUUUUCUCUUUUACACAAGAGGUGCUAUCUAAGAUCUUAGUGUCCCCUUUGCCGGUUUGUUUCUUAAAAUCUUGUUUAUAUAAAGGUCCUUCUUGAUUCUCAUGACCAGUCCUUUUAACAUAUCUAAAUUUAGAAUAUUAGUCCAUUAGAAAAUAAAGAAAGUACACACAUUUUAUACCUUUUGUAUUUUGCAGAAGUUAUUAUAUAUGCAUUUUGAUCUUGACUCACCAAGAAUUCAUUUUUGACAACAUUUUAUUAUCAUUAUAUUAUUGUUAUUGUUGGCAGCCCAGUUCAGUUUAUUAUAAAUAUAAGAUGAUUAUUUUGUAUUGAAUAUACAUUCAUAUAGAGUGCUCCUAUGUUAAAUACAUUAAUAUCAAUGAUUGUUCAUGUACACAAUUUUUUCCAGCAGAUAUUGAUUAGUCAGAUUAAUGCCACUAAUAAAAAAAUCUAACUAGAUAUGAGUCAUGUAUGUAAGAAUGAACAAUUCAGAUGUAUUUGACUGGUUUCAAUGAGAUCUUCAUCAGAAAUGCAUGUAUUUCUGUUUCUGUCUCUCUGACUGACUGUCCUGUUUAUGACAAGAACUGUGAAAACAGCUUGCUCAAUGCCUUGUUGACUAUGAUGCAGUGGCAGUCUAGUGCUAUACAAUUCCUCCCAGAGGCCAAUGAAAGUCCUGCACUAAUAUUGCUAAUAUUAGUUUCCAUAGACAUGACCUCCCCAUGAAGGUUAUAUUGGUGGAUUGUCAUGCCCUGUCUGACCAUACUGAUCUCUUUCCUGUCAAUGUUGGAAAUGCUGGGGUUUUGUCCACCCAGCCAAACACUGUUG